AUGGAUUUUCAGCAGGUGGACAUCCAGUCAAAGCUGGUGGAGAUACUCGAGAUCUCAAAAAAACCUGAGUCGAAGCCAUCCGUGUUGAUUAAGACUGUCAAAAAAGACAAAGUUGGUGCGGUGACAACAGACAUGGUGUUCGACUCUCUCGACACUGAAGGCCACGAUGAAAUCGACAUCUACCAAAUUAGGCAAUACUUUGAAAUGUCCUCAUCCGACAAAAAGCCAAUAUUUUUAUUUGAAAAGGACAUCAGACAAAUAUUGAACGAACUCUCUUUGUCAAAACCGUAUUGCGUGCAGAGAAAUGAAUUUCCAAUUUUAGUGAAGUAUCUCCAAGAUAACGAGAAUUUACUAAGGGGAAUGUCACAACCAACUUCACUUUUUAGUGCAUACGCGGCUUUAUAUAAACAACCAAGUUGUAUUGAAGACGUCGACGAGAAGGAACAAAUCCAACUCGACAUAAAACCCGACAAUUUGAAGUGUAACGAGAAGGACUUGUAUCACUCCUUAUUCAAAAACCAAUUGUUUGCAAAGCCAAAAUACUCAAAAUAUUCUUUGCACUGGAAGUCGGUACUUCCAGACAAUUAUUUUAAUUCCGAAAACUUCAAUGCAUCCACUAAAACACCGGAAAUGUUUUCGUUGCUCAGAAAAAAAGAAAACAAUGAAAGUAGACCAAAAUUGUUGUUUGAAUUGUUCGCACCCCUUUUCCGGUUCAAAGACCAGGCACUCACUUUGGCUGGUGUGCAUGAAGAUGUCGAGUUGAAUUAUGUUGAAAAAUCGGGUUUUAUAAUUGGUCUUAAAAACGUGAUCGUUGGGGAAGAAAACCCACCAGAAACAUUACGAUUUGUACUUUCGGUUUAUGACACAAAUUUACAAGAAAAAUUGACAGAGGAUUUUAACAUUGAAAAUGGUGACGAAAAUGCCGUUUUCUGUGUUUCGGCAAAAGAAAUGAAAAAUUCGCCAAUUGUCGUGUUUGUGAAAGUGUUGAGAAAGGGAGGUGAUGAUGUUUCAACGGCAAGAGAAUUGUACAUGAGAGGUUUUGAAGACAAAAAGUCAAAGAAGAAGUACGCCGAGAGGAAGGUUUGGCCUUAUUGGCAACAUUUGAUGAGUGGAAUUGGUUCAUUGAAAGAUGUGUUUGAGAACGACAAUGGUGAAGUGAGUGUUACGUUUUAUAAACCGGAGAGUGAAGGAGAGAGUGUUUACGAAUUAAACACAUCGAAAGAGAAUAGAAAGGUUGCUGAAAUGCAUGCAUCUUUUUUCUAUAAGAAGUGUAACAAAGAUGUUCAACUAGUGAGUGGACAAUAUCAAUAUGUUUGCGAGAAGCCAAGUCGAAGAGAGAGAAUGUUGGACAAUAUGAGAAUAAUUAAACAUAACGAAGAUGUUAUUUUUGAUUAUAUAAAUAGGUUGUAUAUAUACCCCAUCGAUAUCGUGUACGGAAAGGAAAAGAAGAGAAAGAGUUAUAUGUGUGUCACCAUUUCUGUUAUGAAUGAUAACGAUUUUGUAAAGUGUGUAUACCAAGAAGACGGAAAGACUCUUGAUGACAAAAUUACAACACAGUUAUUAUUUGGGAAAACGACAACUUUCUUUGAUGAAAUAAAAAUUGAAAUUCCAUUUCCACUUUUACAGAGUCACUACCUGCUGUUCGACGUCGUUGAGUUACACGACGGAAAUAUUAAAAAACAAUUCUAUACGGUCUUCCCAUUAUUUCAAAAUAACGCAAUACAAGUCCAAGCAGGAAUCGUCUCACUUCCGCUGUACACCACCAUCGCGAACGCGUUGAGCAAGACAGAACCAACAAAAUUAAUUAUGACGUACUCAAUGGUCUUACUUUCUUCAGUCUAUCCAAGCACAACAGAUUCUCAUAUUGCGAUAAAUAAAUUGAUUGCUGGGUCUGCAGAUGAAUCGUUCAGGAGUGUGCCGUUGAUUGAUUCGAUUCACUUUUUGCCAUUGAUACUGACAUCUUUUCUCGACUCGAACAUUGUGAUGAACAGAGUUGUAUUGGAGGUGCUAAUGAAGACCAUUUGUGGUCAUCACGACUCUUCAGAAAAGCGGAACAAAAACGUCGAGAAGUACAUUUCACAUUUUUGCAAUUUCAAAUCAAAAGAUACUUCUCUGAAACUCAUCAAGUCGCUAUACUUGAUGUACAAGUACGACGACAAAAAUCCGCAAAUAGACGUUUUUAAGCAGUCGUGGCUUCCUUUUGAGUUACUUCGAAAGUCUAUUAAGCAAAUUGGAGCCGAUCAAAACUUUUGGACCAACGCAGUCAGCUUUUCUUCUUUGUUUGCUUCGACCAUUCGAAGCCAUGUGUUGAACAAGGAGAUUAUCGGGAUGGAAGAAGGGAAUGCGCAUUUUUCAUACUUUGUGCGAUCGGUGAUGGAACUUGGCUAUCGGUCCGAGAGUAUCAAAAUGAUGGAGGAGUACUUGGACAAGUUAUCCAACCCAUACGACUCGGUAAAGAAUGGCAAGAAAUACACUUCAAACAGCCCGGAAAUGGAAGCGAUAUUAAUGAUUAAGACGCAAUUUCUCGGAGUGUUUGAAGGGAGUCUCAAAUUGUACGAAGCGUCAAAUCCAGGUCACGUGGAUGUCAGUGAUAUUACGAUGUUGGACGACUUAUUGUGGAUUAGACAUUUGCCGAUUGCCUUUUUGAUGAGAGAACAUAUGAUGUUGCUUAGACAAAGCGAAGAAAUCAACAGAAUUUCGUUGUAUUUAAUGGUCGCUUUGGUUGCGCGACUUGACUUGGAUCAGGAACUUCAGAACGAAAAGGAAAAUUGCGCUGCCAUGUUUCUUCCUUUUGUUGUCCAAUUUCUCGAGAAAUUUGAUAAUUUUGCUGAUUGGAAGUUUGUGAGGGAGAAUGGAAAAGACGGCAGAAGCGGCCAGAGAUUCAAUUCAAUAUCGUUGAACAAAACUGGAGAGAAAAGCGUAUUGACUUCCGAUGCGUUGUUGUUGAAAUGUAAAGAAACUGUGCAAGAGGGAACACCGCAACAGAAUAUCACUGAUAUGGAAAUGCUUGGAUUGAUAUACACAUGGGUACUGAAAAAUAUUGAGUCAAAGGUGCUCAUUGAGUGGAUUGGAAACGAGGUGCCUUCACGACUUGAAAUUCUUGUCAAGGUAUUGACAAGAUUUAUCCUUCUAUUUAGAAACUUUCCCGUGCAAGAGUCACUUGACGUAUACGAGGAAAUUGACAGAAAUCUGAAACUUAUUGUGAAUGGAUUAAAAGAGCAUGGGUACUAUAUGAACACGACAAUCCGAGUCGAUUUGACAGCGAUGCUUGGCGGAGAAAAGAAGUUUGAGAUUCCAAAGAAUAGAUCGUUAAGGCCGAUGAGACUUGACGACGAAAGACAAUCAAAACUGCACCAAGGGUUAACAAGAGAAAUAGUAAAAGUGUGUUUGGAUGUCUUCAUAGUGAUAUUUUCGAGUUUGAAAAAACAGGAGGCCUAUGAACAACUCGAACAAUUGAAGAGUGUCAUUGCGAGUAAACUUUUUGAAGAAAUGGUAGUCGAUGAUGACAUCUUUUUGUUUGUUAAAAACUUGUUGGAGGACUACCGCAAAAUGAUAUUUUGUGGGAAUGAGGACUUUUCUGCGAAGCUCUUUUCGUCUCUGAUCAAAAUAUUCCAAUCGAAAAAUGGAGAGGUGAGAGAGAGAGGAGUCGAGAUGAUGUGUUUAUUCACCAAAAAUAAUUUCAUACAAUGUGGCAAUAUCACACGGAGUAUUUCAUUGAUGACAACUGCUGUUGUAGAAGCGAUUGAUAUCAAGAAAGACCUGUUUGAGGGGAGUGUCGAAGCGCUUGAUAUGAUACACCAAAUGGACAUGAAGAACGUCAACAAGAGUGUCAGUGAGAUGAAGAAGAGUUUGUUGGUGCCUGAUAUUGAAAAACUAUCAGCUCGGCAAUUGAUACUCCGAGCAGAGACUUUGGGGGAUAUUGAAGCGCUCACUGUUGUGGUCAAUGACAUGAUUGAAAUAAGAAUGAAGAAUUUGAGAUACAUCCAAAGCUUCAAGCAUUCAAUAGUGAACAGAUAUACACGCAUAGUCGAUGACAUUGUUUCAAAAUCGUUUGUGGUGAGUGAGAAGACGAUAUCAGAAAUUGAGAACAUCGCAGUUCAAUAUUCAUCUCUUGGAAUAUUCAAAGAAGUCACAAAGAGCGUCGAAAUGGUUAAAAUGAAGUGGAAGGAAGUCAAUGAAUUUGAAAGAAGACUCAUCGACGUUUCCACAAAAAACAAAGAAAUGGAGAGUCAGACUUCUCGUGUAUGUAACGAGAUGAAAAUUUUGUGUCAACAAGGCAUUGGGUGGGUGAUUGGAAAUGUGUCUUCGAUUAUGUCGUUUGUUACAACAAAAAACGAUGAUUUGAUUUUACAUGAAAAUGAGUUGUACAAAGCAACAGGUGAAGCAACAAAAUUCAUUUCACAAUACGAAAAAUACAUCAAAAUUGUCGACACCAAUCCUAUCUACCCCGUCACACUUCAAGAGUUCAUUGAAAUUAUCAAGGGGUGUGUUUCGGUGUUGGAAACGUACAUUGAAUUGAAGAAGAAGAAAAUUCAAAUGGAGAAAGCUGUUGCUAAUGAAGAGAAGAGAAUGAACGAGGAGAACAGCCACACAAUUUCAAAUGUGUUUGAACAAUUUUCGCAAGUUUUGAAGUCACAAGACGAGUCAAAUGGAAGUUCUGUCACGCGACAAAUUCGAGACAUUCAAAUACCAAGCGAAAUAACUUCCAAUGAAAAGAACAUUGGGACCAAAAGUGAAAUUUUCAAUAUCAUUUCGCAAGUGAUUUCAUCUUCAAUCGCUGUUUUUCAGAAGAUCGAUAAGAUUGAAGAGAAAACAACAAGCAACACGCAGCGAUUGGAAGGUGCUGAAGGGUGGUACGAUCACGAAAGAACGUACAUCUCGUCCGUGUUGUUAUUGAAAGAGAAACUGAAAUUCUUGGAUAUUAUGAACCGUGUUCCUAUGCACGAUGGCGGUAUUGUGUCUUCCGUCAUGAACGACUUAGUUCAAUGGAUUGUGUCGACGGGAAACAAUUUUGCAAAAGAGUAUGAACAAGCCAAUGAGAUGCGGACAGCGCUGAAAAAGAUACUGUUUGAUGAAAGGUUUAACAAACAAAGAAACUCGAUGAAACGAAGAACAGCGAGGAAGUCGAUGCACCUUGAGGACAAAAACAUGAGGCGGAUGACCGUAUCGUUUGAAGCCGAUGGGAAAGAAAAGGCGUUUGGGUGUGUUGAGGGGGAGAAUGAGAUAAUUUCCAAAAUACUUGAUGAAAUGGGGAAGGAUGUCAAAAGUGCGGAAGGGAUGAUGAAAGACGUUGAAGAAAAGUGGAGAAAUGGUGUUGAGAAGGAGAAAAGUAAAAUUGAAAUACGGCAUCGAGCAGAAAAACUAUGGAGAAGGUUUGUUGAGGAAAAGAAAGGAAAGUGGAGCGAAUUGAAAGAGUUGUUUAUCCGUGAUGUUGACGAGAGUAUUAUCUAUACGAACGAUGUUAUUCUUGAGAACGAUAUUGAAGAAUCGAAAACACCCGAAUUGAUUGAAGAUAAAAAUGACAGUGGAGACAUUUUAGAGAAGUCUGGUGAUACCAACAAAACGGAGAAAUUGGAAGCUGAAAAAGAAGAGAAAAACGAACAACAAAAGAUUGAAAUCAUACCUCCGGCUAUUGGUAGUGCUAAAAGUUCAAUUGCACCAAGUAUUGGUAUUGCGGGUCCAAGUUUACCAAAUACACCAAUGAAGUUGGACACUUAUUCUGGUUCGGAACACCGAAGACGCGGAAUAGAGAAAUGUAACAGUGUUUGUUUAAUACGGCCCGAAGAGAAUAUGGCAAAGCACGUGUCCCGUCAGUCGAGAUCCAUGAAAAACAACACGGUUGAUAUUGUGCCGAUCCAAAUGAAGAAAGUCUCGGACUAUGUUGUUUCUGGUGUUUUUCUCAAAGACGCCUUUAUGGAUGUUUGCCUUUACAAAAUGUCUCAGUACAAAACAGUGAUGAAAAAACUGAAGCGGGAGGUCAAACAGAUCUUGACCAAGCACAACGAGUUGAACGAACUCCAACAGAAGACAAGAGAUCCAGAUGCGUACUCGGACAGACUUUAUCUCUUCGCACAAGGAUAUUUGGAAACGCCCCGACUGUACAUUAAGUGGGUAGAAAAGAUUGCCCAAGAACAUGGAGUGCGACAACAUUACUUGGAAGCAGCGUUGUGUGAGACUCAUAUGAUAUUUUUCAUUUCGCGAUUUGUGAGUGGAGGUGACGUUUUUGAGAAACUGAAAGAGAUUGUUCCGAACUCAGUUGUGAGGAAAAGUCGCAAGGAAAACAAAGAGGAGAUUGACGGAUUUAAUUACAAUACCAUGUCCGGGUAUAUCGAGUCGGCGUUUAAAUACUUCAUGAUGAAGAAGUCGUGUGACUUUGCAGAAUUUUUGCUUGAAACGACAGUCGAGUACUUAGUGAGAAAUAACGAUGUGUCGCGACUUCAAGACAUCCACAGCAAGUUACAAAUGGUGUAUUCAAUGAAGAGCAAGAAGGAGAGAGGCGACAUGCACUUUUAUUUGGUUGGAUUUUAUGGGUCGGUAUUUGGGAAGAACGCGGAAAAGGAGUUUGUGUACCACACGUACGAAACGAGAGAGUCGUUCAAACAGGAAAUAAAGGCGAUUGUGCCGCUUGACAGAAAGAAGGAAAUUGAAGAGCUGGACGAGAAAUCAAAUGCCACUGGACUUUCACCAGAAAAGAUCUUUAUUAAAGUUAUAGAAGUCACUCCACUGUAUGACGAAGAGCACCUUUUCACGACGAGUAGAUUUAAACAAGAGAUUAAAAUCGGGGAAGGCGGGUUUGACAAAAUAUCAAAGAGAAGAAUCGUUUUUGUGACGACCCAGCCGUUGCCUUCCGUGUUGAGGAGACAGCUUGUUGCUGAGAAGGAAGUUGAUCUGUACAUGAAUCCAAUUGAAACGUGUUUGGACGACUUGGACGAGAUGAAUGAAAACCUUCAAAAGGCAUGUGAGCCCCCUGUAAAUGAAACAUUAACCAAAGCGUUAAAUGCCGUUUUAAUCAAAGAGAAUAAGACAAUAUCCAUUGUUGAACUCUUUUUCAAGACUAAAUUCAAUGAUAUACACCCAGAGCAAGUGAACGAUUUGUGGCAACUGAUUAAUGACAUUGUGAAUAACUUGGCAAAAGCUUUAUUGAUGCACUCGAGAACCUUCCCAAAUCUUGGAAUCAACGCGCAGUUUGACGUUGCAUUUAAUCACCUCAAAAGAAUUCUGUUUGAUGUGCAAGAUGAAGUAGAAAAGGUCACGAGAGGAAUACAGUUUUAUGACGACGACUUUUUGUAA